UCCUCUCUCCUGUGAUGUCAUUGGGGGGGGGGGGUAUAUAACUCAGGAGUGGGGGCAGGUGAUCAGCAUUCAUUCCUCUUCUCUGUGUGCAGAUUCCAAUCAACAAUGGCUUCUACUGGUCUUCAGCUUCUUGGGAUGGUCUUGGCCUUGAUUGGCUGGGUGGGAUCCAUCAUCACCUGUGCCAUGCCGAUGUGGAAGGUGACGGCAUUCAUCGGGAACAACAUUGUGGUGGCGCAGAUCAUCUGGGAAGGACUGUGGAUGAAUUGCAUCGUUCAAAGCACCGGCCAGAUGCAGUGCAAGGUCUACGACUCCAUGUUGGCGUUGCCUCAAGAUCUUCAGGCUGCCCGAGCCCUCACCGUUAUCUGUGUCCUUGUGGCCAUCCUAGGCCUGCUCAUUGGCAUUGUGGGGGCCAAAUGUACCAACUGUGUGGAAAAUGAGAACACCAAGGCAAGGGUCAGCCUGGUGUCCGGUGUGAUCUUUGUGGUGUCAGGGGUCCUAAUGCUCAUCCCCGUCUGCUGGUCAGCCAACACCAUCAUCCGUGACUUCUACAACCCACUGGUGACAGAUGCCCAGAAGAGGGAGUUGGGGGCUGCUAUCUACAUUGGAUGGGCUUCCGCUGCUCUGAUGGUGCUGGGUGGGGGGCUUCUGUGCUGCUCCUGCCCCAAGAAGGAGGAUGCCCCAUACAGUGCCCGCUAUACUGCUGCCCCCUCAGGGGCUCGCAGUGAGUACACCACCAAGAACUACGUGUGAGGAGGACUAAUGGGAUGCCCUAUUGUGGCAUGAAGACAGACUCUGGGAAGGGGGGAUUGUGCUGGAUUUUAUACAAAUUUCAUGUUUAAUAAAAUUUAAUGUUUUUGUAGAAGUGA